UCCGCCAUUUUUGAAAACCGGGAAGGUGCCCGCCGGAGGAAGCGCGGCCGUGGCGAUGGCAGCGUUUGCCGUGGAUCCCCAGGCGCCCACGCUGGGAUCUGAACCAAUGAUGCUGGGUUCACCGACAUCUCCGAAGACAGGCGUUAAUGCCCAGUUCUUACCUGGAUUUUUAAUGGGGGAUUUACCAGCUCCAGUGACUCCACAGCCUCGAUCAAUUAGUGGCCCGUCCGUAGGGGUAAUGGAAAUGAGAUCACCUUUGCUCGCAGGGGGGUCACCGCCACAGCCAGUUGUGCCUGCUCCUAAAGAUAAAAGUGGAGCUCCACCGGUUAGAAGUAUAUAUGAUGACAUUUCCAGUCCAGGACUCGGGUCGACACCUUUGACUUCAAGAAGACAGACAAACAUUUCAAUGAUGCAGAGCCCUCUUGUUGGAGUCACAACUCCAGUGACUGGGCAAAGCAUGUUUAGUCCAGCAAAUAUUGGUCAGCCACGGAAGACGACACUAUCUCCUGCCCAGUUGGAUCCUUUUUAUACUCAAGGAGAUUCUUUGACUUCAGAAGAUCACCUCGAUGACACUUGGGUGACUGUGUUUGGGUUUCCACAAGCGUCUGCUUCUUAUAUAUUAUUACAGUUUGCACAGUACGGGAAUAUCCUAAAGCAUGUGAUGUCUAACACAGGCAACUGGAUGCACAUCCGUUACCAGUCUAAGUUGCAGGCCCGGAAAGCCUUAAGCAAAGAUGGGAGAAUAUUCGGAGAAUCCAUCAUGAUCGGUGUCAAGCCGUGUAUAGAUAAAAGUGUCAUGGAAAACGGUGACAGAGGAGCCUUGUCAUCUCCAUCUGUAGCCUUUACAACACCCGUCAAGACCUUAGGCACCCCAACACAGCCCGGGAGCACUCCUAGGAUCUCCACCAUGCGGCCCCUUGCUACAGCCUACAAGGCCUCCACUAGUGACUACCAGGUUAUUUCUGACAGACAAACACCAAAGAAAGAUGAAAGUCUUGUAUCCAGAGCGAUGGAGUACAUGUUCGGCUGGUAGUGCAGUGAGGACUGCUGGCCUCCGGGUUAGUUGUAUAACCACCUACGGCAGCGUGGACAGCUGUCCUAGAUAUGUCUUUACCUCCUUUGUUUAGGAAACAGCCUGUUUGCAGCUUGCACUUUAAAGAUGGCUGAGGUAACCUGAGGAAAAGGUUGUACAGAUAGCAUCUCGUGCUCUCUGUGAUACAGUGCAUGCUAACUCCGUGUGCUCAGUGUUGGCUGCAGUAAACUAAAUGAUUGAGCUGGAAGUGAGUCUCUGUAGCGGUUGUGGGAAGACGGAUGAAUUCGUGAGGAGCGACAGCUGCUCCACCAGGACACAUGGUUAUAGUUAGCGAUUGGAAUUACGGUCUUUAAUUUAGGUAGUAUUUAAUAUCUUGAUUAUCUUUUUAUAUGUCUGUGGAUUGUCAGCUUUGGUGUUCUUUUUAAAAACCACCUAUUACUACUGUUUCUUAAUAAACUUUGUCAAUUUUUAUGUGCUGAAUAUUUGUUUGGAAGAUUGAUUUAUUGAAUAAAACGUUUUAAGGGUUCACUGAAAUAAUAGAAACAUGUUAUUAACUUAUAUCUAGAGUCCAGAUUUUAUUACCAUUAUGUUUUGUCCUACUUGAUUUCUCUCUCCUUUUAUUUUUUGAAGCACUUCUCAGAUUUGAGUUAUUUUUAUUCCAAAUACUUGAAUACAUCAAAAAUAAAAAACUGUA